GUAUUUUCAUCAUUUGUUUUUAUUUACUUUCAGUUUGACUGAAUAAGACAAUGUCUCUAUCUAAAGAAGAGACUAUUGCGGUGAUAGCUGGAUCUAUAGCCGGCCUGAUUGUUCUUCUGUCCGUCCUAGCUGUACUCAUCUACUGCUGUCUAAGAAAACGAGACCGAGAAUCACGGAAAUCUACUCAAAAACCAUUUCGUCAUCAUCAUCUUACACCGGACACAAGCCUUAGUAAAAACAGUGGUCAGCAUGGUGAUCAACGUAAUUUUACUGACCCAAGAUUGGAUCCCAGACUGGAUCCACGGUUAGAUCCCCGUCUUCCAAAGGUUGGCAGCAAUAACCUGUGGUUCGGUAACCCGUCACUGUAUAGCGGUGCGCCGUCACAGGUAUAUAAGGAAAUGAAAAGGAAAGGAAGUGCAUCUACUCCACAGGAACAUCCGGGUUUACAAGGACCACCAGGGCACAUGGUGUACCAGGGUGGCAACCUUGGCGGACGAAUAUAUCAUAGUCAGCAAGUAGUUCCACCUGUCUAUGAACCGGAUUACCGUCUACCUCGAAGUGGCAGCUACAUGGAUCUAUAUUCCUAUCCAUACAACUAUGACCCAUACAGAGAUAUAAACAACUCUCGUGCCAUGUUAGUGAGUCAUCCUGAACACGAAGAAUAUUAUCUCGAUAGAUAUAGAGAACGUGAAGUGAGACGCACCGGUAAGAAGGUACGGCGUUCUCAAAGUGACGUCACACUUCAUUCAACGCGCAGACCUAAAAAUAGGAAACAACGCAAAGAAACGCCUUUUGAAAAGGAAAAAUCCACUAAGUCAUAUGACAGUGAAGAUAGAAGCAGCAAUGACAGGUAUGAACAAAGACCACGUAGAAAUCAGAGCAAUGAGCGAGGGAUUGCUAGUGAAAAAACUAUUGUGGCAGAUAUACAUAGGCAGAAAAAGCCUGCUCCUCCCCCGCCUCAACCAAAACCUCACAAACAAGACAUUCAGUCGAAGUCUAUGGAUUUCUCUGAUCCGGAGAUUUCUGAAUCUGCCACUGAUAGUGCUAAACUAAGAGCUUUAGAGCGGGAAAGAGAACGCAAUAGAGAGGCAGAGUUGGCAGCAGAGCGAAGAAUGGAUAAGGAAAUUAUUCGCCAAAAUGAAUACAGUGAUAAUCGUGGAUUUGUAGGUGAUAAUGGAUAUACUAAUGAUUUAAACGUGCGACCAUAUAGCUAUGAGGGUAAACCUUCAUCUAAGUAUGAAAGUUCUAUUGUUGCUAAAAUGGCUGCAAUGACAGAAACACCAAAGGCUACUUACAUAAAUAGACAAACGUUUACGGAUAAUUCAAGUAAAUCAAACGAAAUUCCAAACCCGCCGUCUAAAGAAGCUUUUCAUGCAGAGGUUGCAAAGAAACUGGAAAAGCUUCAAGAUAGGAAAGUUCCACCUCUCGAUCUAACAGAAGGUCCGGUUGCAACCUCCACGGGGAAUCAUUCGAGGGCUAGUCGCCCGACAAGUGCCAAACGGAGGUCUAGAAGAGGGUCAAAUGUCACGGACCAAGACGGUAAUGUUAUAACAGAGCAAGCGUUUGAGUUUCUAGAUGGUUAUUCUGAUGGUGAAGCAACUGACUUUAUUGAAAGUGGCAGUAUUACACCAACACUGGUCAAAGACUAUGAUAUCAAUCUUUAAUAAAGUCUUCUAUGUGACAUGAUAUCAACAUUUAGUGAGAGCACACAUAUGCAUGUGACACAGAUGUCAGUAUCAACAUUGAGUGGGAGCUACCAUGUGACGCAGACUAUGAUAUCAACAUUAAUUUAGAACAAACAUGUGAUACAAUUUAUAUGAUAUCAACAUUGAGUGAGAGCAUCCAUGUGACAUUGAAUAUGAUAACAACAUUAAGUGGGAGCUACCAUGUGACAUUGACUGUGAUAUCAAUAAUUACUGAGAUCUAUUUUGAAACAAAUGAACACUUUAAUUUGGACUUAGUGAAAGUGAAUCAUCUCUUAACAUGUAACAUCAUGUCUGUCCAGGUCACGUGGUUGUUCCAGUGUCGGCAAUCAAAAAAGAAAACCAUCUGUUUUAUAUCGACUCUGAAAACGUCAAUAAGUCGUGACUAAUACACGACUACGUUGUUAGGGCAACGUUCUCAGAUUACACAUAUGGAGAAAUAGAUGAAGGUUAUUUAUUCCUGUGUACUUAAAACCAUUUAUAGAAUUUAAGCAGUAUUCAUGAUGUCGUACAAAAUGGACAUGCGACAGUUAUGUGGAGAACUUUAAAAGUGAAGCUUUAGUGUCAAAACUGACUGUGAUAUUUACAAAUAUCAAAAUGAAACAUUGUAAUAUAAAAGCGCAUUUACAUAUCCUUUGUUUGUUUUCUUGUGCCUUCAUAUUGCCAAUUUGUAUUAUGUAUUAUUUAAUAUUUAUUAACAUAAUUAUUUGCUACUAUAAAACCUGUCCUAAUCUUCGUUUCAAAUACCUAACAUUUACUAUUUCGUUGCAUUUAGAAUCAAACAAAUGUUAUGUCUCGAAUUAUUAUAUUACUUUCUAACUUUAUAUAUAACCUUUAACCGUUUUUCAACAGUAAAGGAAACAGGCAUACAUAUCGUGUCAAUGUUUACUAAAAUGAUAUUAAUAUUUUGAGAUUUUCUUCUUGCACAUUAUCAUCAGGUAACUUUGUUUUACUCGUGUUUUUUUCUUUCAAUUCUUUAAUGUUUUUUUUUUGUAAAUACUUGAUACUUUUCAUUUUGCAAGUCUGUACUUAACAUUUUAAUUUAUCAAAUUUAAUAUUAAGUGUUUGAUUAAAUUGGUUUGAUUAUAUGUAUUAUAUUAUAUUAUAUAAUUAAUUUCUUUGAUAUAGAGAGAUCAUGAUGCAAUACUAGAUUUGCAAUCUUUAUAUAUUAAAACUGUUAUAUAUAUAUUAUGUUUUUGUAUACAGCAAGAUUUUGAUUAUUUUAUGAUUAUAAAAAUAUAAAAGAUAAUAAAAUGACAAGUGAAAUUA